AUGAAUCUGAAGGAUAGAAGAGCGAUUUGCAUCCUCGGCGUACUCCUUACCACGCUGUGGUAUGUGAGCGCCGCUGAUGCGCAAGAUUUUGUGACAGAUGGGCUUGUCGCUAUAUAUACGCUCAAUGAAGCGGAUCUGGAUGGCAAGGUUGUCAAAGAUGCCCUUGGCAAAAAUGAUGCAGAAGUGGUCGGUAAACUCAAAUUUGUCGAAGGGGCGACAGAUGGCACGGGGGAAGCGAUGGAAUUUGAAGGGAAACCCGACAACUACGUUGAAAUCCCCGAUAUGGGUGACUUUGAAUUUGUGUCUAUUGAGUGCUAUGCACUUGAGGGACAGUUCGGUCCCACUCAAGGGCUCGUUUCGACGUGGCUGUGGGAGGCGGGCAAAGUCCAUUUCAAAUUUGAGGGAAACCAGAUCCAGGUGCAUAAGAACGACGGUGUCAAGAUUCGUUUAGCUGCUGAAACCGACACGUGGUAUCACAUUAUUUACACCAGUAAUACCAAAGAUAACGAACUCAAGCUUUAUGUUGAUGGUGAGUUAGUUGAUGAAGGGAAUGCUGGCGCAACCCCUGAAAACAUGAAGGAACGGCGGAUUGGCAGUGAACACGAUGGCAGAUUCCUCACCGGUAUGAUAGAUAACGUCCGCAUUUACGAUCGGAUUCUUGACGAGAAAGAGGUUCAGCAGAAUUUUGAGUCCAAAAGCGAUCAAUUGCCUGUUGAACCUGCUGGAAAACUCUCAACCACUUGGGGAUACCUCAAGGCAUUGAGAAAUUAA